UACGUGUAGCAAGAGAAAGAGGGCUGUCUACCGAAACUAGCUAGAAAGGACUGUCAAAGAAUCUGACGAUGAAAGCCAAGCCUUCGUUUUGCACAAGUUGGUGCAAGCGCAAAGCCAACGAAGCGGCUCGAAACCCUCUUUACUAGAAAAAGAAAAAAGCAAUGUCAAACCAAAUCUCACUGUCACUCGGAAGAACCCUGACGAAGUGAGGCCUAUUAAUUAAGUCAUCUCUUGUCACACCCCACGUCAUCGAAAAGCCCCUAUUUGCCUUCUCCAUUUCCGCCACAUCGCAUCUAUGUGACCAAAAGAGAAGUCAACUCCCAAGCAAAGACUUGGCCCAACAAAUCUAUGAAACAAACUGAUAGUUUAGGCUUCCUAUCUCUCAGGAGAGGACAACGCCAUACCGACGACAGUCUGAGGAUACCAUGCUGGCUCGUUCUGUGACGUUCCAGAUUGAAGUUUUGCCGGAAUGCUGCUGCUGACGUUCUUGGUGACAACAACCUGACGACGCAAAGCAAACAACUCACCAAAAAGAUGAGGAACAGAUCGAUGUCUUGAAGGAAGGAAGGAAGGAAGGCACAAUAAUUUCGAAAGUCAGUCGACGAUCCAUAAAAACCAAGAACUAUCUAUACAUACCAUACAACCAAGAUGAGUUUCAUGAAAGCAACCGGAAAGGCUUUGGCCGAUGUGAUUCCAGGUUUAGGCCACUUCACGUAUGAUGCCAAGGUCGGCACUGUCUUUAUCACUUCUGGAAGUGGUGUGGUUGGAUACCGUGUGGCUACCUCUCUUUUGGAGGCUGGACACAAGGAUGUUCGUGUAGGAGUCUGGAAGGGAGACCGUGAAGGCAUGGACAAGAGCUUUGGCCAGCAGUGUGCCGAUGCUUUGGCUGCCAAGGGAGCUGAAGUCAUUGACUUUGACUGGACCAAUGAGGAUGACUACGAAAGAGCACUGGAUGGAGUCAAGACAGUGUUCUGCUCCUUGCCUCACGUGGAGGGCUGGAGUGAUGUCUUUCCCUCGUUCCUUCGAAUUUGCAAAAAGAAAAAGGUGGAACACUUUGUCAAGAUCUCCUUCCUCCGUCCCACACAUGACUGGAAGGGUAUUUCGGCGGCGGCUCGUCAAUACCGUGAAUCCGUCCCCUUUGUCAACUUUCACGGAACUUGUGAUGAUUUGUUGGAAGCUGCCAAGAACGACAGUCGUAUCAGUUACACCAUCCUGUGUUGCAGUCACUUAAUGUCCACUCCCCUCAUUAUGCAGGGAAAAAUCCUGCGAGAGGAUCACAAGUUCAUUACUGCUUCCUACGGAAUGGGUGUCAACUACGUCUCCCCCAAUGACGUUGCCGAUGCGUCGGUCUGUGUCGUUCUCAACAAUAAGCCUCACCGCAACAAGGUCUACAACUUGACGGGACCUGGUCCCAUUACCGAUGCUUCCGUGGCCAAGUUGCUCACCAAGCAUUACGGAACCACUAUUGAACACGUCGAGUUGGGAUACCACGCUUACAAGGCCAAUGUCCGCAGUCGUGGACUGCCCGAAUGGCAAGUCAAGGAUGCCGCCGCCUUUGAACGAAUGAAGGCUUCGGGUAUCGAUGAAUUGUCCGCAUCCUACACCAAGGACGUGGAAAAGAUCACUGGAAUGAAGCCCGAGGCUUUCUCCGGAUACCUCGACAACAAGUCUUGCAUGAGGCCUGGAAUGACCUUCCCCUAAACGCUUAUUUUAUUCAGCGAAGCAGCGUAUAAAGAGAACGACUAGGAUGGGUGAAGAGUCGAGUCGUCUUGGAGAAAACGAAUGUCUCCGCUGGAUUAUGGGUGAGAUGGUGACGGUUGAAGCCGAAUCGUCGCCAUCCGCCUUGUUGUGUGUUUGAGUUUUCGCGCCACAAAUAGCUAGAUUUUGGCGUUGUCCUGAUGCUGGGAACCAUUGACUGAAGUGUCCGUGGUGAUCUAAAAGUAUUAGCAAUAUAUUUUUAUUUUU